CUUUCGCACGGUCCUGCUGUCUUGUGACGCGUCUUCUCCCCAACCACGAUCUAGAGCAACCUUUGAUUCUUACAAAAUCAAGACAUCUUUCAUACAAGCUCCCUAGUUGCCGCCAUGCGGUUGAGAUCGAGGGAGAUAUCUGACGCGCCCGCAGAAGCCAAAAGACCGACUCCAUUCAGAUUUCUCGAGCUACCAUUGGAAAUACGUGACAGCAUUUAUACCUACUAUUGCGCAACAACCAGAAAGCGCUCCGGUCGUGAUCGAUUAUACAAUAACACGCAUCAUACCGACUUAUUGCGAGCCAACCGCCAGAUCUAUAGCGAGGCCGUGAACUACCUUUACGACCGAACAUUCAGCAUCUACAUAGUAUGCGAAAAGGGGAAUGCCAGAGGCAAGCGCUCAAGUUCUCGCAAUCUUUGAUCGCGCUGCUCUAAGGCGUGUUAAGUCUACUACGACUCGAAAACCGGGAGGUGAAGAUCGCAGCACACGCUGCCGCUGCAUAUCUGGCGUCUCAGCGGUUGCAAUUGACUCAUUCACACUC